GUCUUGUUCGUAUGCGAUUUCUUCCCCCCGCGCUCGGGCGGCGUCGAGACGCACCUCUACUCGCUCGCGCAGCGGCUCAUCACGCGCGGGCACAAGGUCACGGUCUUGACGCACGCGUGCGGGGACCGGCACGGCGUCCGGUACGUCUCCGGCGGUCUGAAGGUGUACUACGCCCCGCGAAGGGCGGUGUACGAGGGAUGCACGUUUCCCUCGUUGUUCGGAGGGUUCUUUCCGCUGCUCAGGUGCGUGUUGAUUCGCGAGCGCGUCACGGUCGUGCACGCGCACACCGCGUUCAGCGUCAUGGCGCACGAGGCCGUGCUGCACGCGCGGACGAUGGGGUACAAGUGCGUGUUCACGGACCACUCGCUCGCGGGCUUCGACAGCGCGGCGUCGAUACACGUGAACAAGUUCCUCUCCAUGACGCUCGCGGAUUGCGCGCACGUGAUUUGCGUCUCGCACACGGCGAAAGAGAACACGGUGUUGCGCGCUUCCGUUCCCCCGGGACGCGUGUCCGUGAUCCCGAACGCGGUCGACGCCGCGCGGUUUAGACCGGACGCGAGCGCGCGCGAUGCGACCGGCCGCGUGACCGUCGCCGUCGCCGCGCGUCUGACCCACCGAAAAGGCAGCCACCUGCUCGCCGCGACGAUCCCUCUCGCGUGCGCGUCGUUCCCGCGCGUGGACUUUCUGAUCGCCGGCGACGGGCCGAUGCGCGCGGAUCUCGACCGGAUGAUCGCGCGCGAAGGUCUGAGCGGACGGGUGCGGAUGUUAGGGACGGUCCCGCACGCGAAGAUCAGCGAGGAGGUGUUACGGAGAUCGCACGCGUUUCUGUCGUGUUCGCUCACGGAGAGUUUCGGCGUCGCGAUGCUCGAAGCCGCGUGCUCGGGGUGUCUCGUCGUCGCCACGAACGUCGGGGGCGUCCCGGAGGUUUUGCCUCCGGACUUGCUGUUCCUCGCGGAGACGGACCCCGGGGCGAUCGUGGACGCGCUGUCGGACGCGCUCGACGCACCCGAUUCCGGUUCCGAUUCCGUCGUCGACCCCGUCGCGAUCCACGAGCGCGUCGCCGCGAUGUACAGCUGGGACGACGUCGCGGCGAGGGUAGAGACCGUCUACGAGCGCGCGCACGCGACGCGCGACACCCUGUACGGUCGCGUGCGCCGACUGCAGCGGUGCGGCGUCGUCGCCGGCGUCGUCUUCGUCGUCGUCGCGGCGGUGGAUUAUCUGUACUGGCGCGCGUUAGAGCUGGCGCGGCCCGCGCGCGACGUCGAGAUCGCCCCGGACUUUGUCCCGGACGACGGCGCGUUCGACGUCGUCCGCGGGACCGGCGGCGAGGAGGAGGAGGAGGAGGAGGAGGAGGAGGAGGAGGACUAG